UCCCGGAAGUGACGGCGGUGUUUCCGGCGGGUUUGAACGCGGCCGGCGGAGGAGCCGCGUCCCGCUUCCCGCCGCCCGCCCGGGCCCGCGUGGCCGCCCUCGCCAUGGACCCGCCCGCAGGAGCUGAGCCGAUGACUCUUGGCUCCCCGACAUCUCCAAAGUCAGGAGCUAGUGCUCAGUUUCUUCCUGGAUUCCUGAUGGGUGAUCUACCUGCGCCAGUGACCCCGCAGCCGCGGACUUUGAGCGGCCCUUCGGUUGGUGUAAUGGAAAUGAGGUCUCCGCUCCUUGCAGGAGGGUCUCCCCCACAGCCUGUAGUCCCUACGCAUAAAGAUAAAAGCGGAGCUCCACCUGUUAGAAGCAUAUAUGAUGAGAUGUCUAGUUCUGGGCUUGGAUCCUCACCUCUAACCUCAAGAAGACCAGCCAGCUUUUCUCUAACACAGAGCCCGUUGGCUGGAGUUAUGCCGUCAACCCCUGGAACAGCUUCGGGUGUAUUCAGUCCUGCAAGCAUUGGGCAGCCUAGGAAGACUACUCUAUCUCCUGCUCAGCUAGAUCCUUUCUAUACUCAGGGUGAAUCCCUGACUUCAGAAGAUCAACUUGAUGAUACAUGGGUAACUGUAUUUGGAUUUCCUCAAGCAUCAGCUUCCUACGUUCUUCUGCAGUUUGCUCAGUAUGGAAACAUAUUAAAGCAUGUGAUGUCCAACACGGGAAACUGGAUGCAUAUUCGAUACCAGUCCAAGCUUCAAGCCCGGAAAGCCUUAAGCAAAGACGGAAGGAUUUUUGGCGAAUCUAUCAUGAUCGGUGUCAAGCCGUGCAUAGAUAAAAGCGUGAUGGAGAACUUUGAAAGAGGCUCUACAUCCCCCAUGUCUUCAGUUUUCACUCCUCCUACAAAAUCUGCCGGCACACCAGUACAACCUGCAAAUAGCACGACAAGGAUUUCUACCAUGAGACCUCUUGCAACAGCGUAUAAGGCUUCCACUAGUGACUAUCAGGUGGUUUCUGACAGACAAACUCCUAGGAAAGAUGAAAGUAUUGUAUCGAAAGCAAUGGAAUAUGUGUUUGGCUGGUAACACAUGGGAGGACUGUAACAUGCUGAGUUGGUCAGAGUUUGCGAUGUGCUGCUGGCAUCUGUGGUUAGUUGUAUAACUAUUGGUGGCAGUAUUUUAACUUGCAUCUCGCCCAUUAUGCCUUCGGUUAAUUCAGCACAUGUAUAGCUUCCACUUUAAGCGAUGGCGGUGUAUGCGUGAGUUUAAGAACAGAGCAAGUGUAAAAGUAAGCGCUUUUCCUGUGUGUGCUCCGGUUGCAUGGCUGUAGAAUAAAUAUCAGCACUGACUUUUUUCCCCCCUCUGUAAUUACUUUCUGUGAAGUACUUCUAUGAGUUGGAAAUGUGUCAAAUGGCAGCUUGAUUUACCGGUGCCUUUAAUUUUACUGUUAUUUCUGGAAAGCGGAUGGGCUACUUGCGGGCAAAACACUAUGCACGGCUGGGUCCCUGGGGCAGGGACUGUUCUUACUCUAUGUGGUUUUAAUUUUUUUAUUCGGAUUCAUUGCUGUUUUGUAAUUAUCUCUGGCAUCAUGUUCUGAAUGUCACAGCAACUUUUUAACUGUUUUGUUAAUAAAGUC